CGACUCUUUUCCGCUGGUCCCGCCCUCCGUCGCGGCGGCGCGGUGCACCCUGGGAUAAGGAGCGAUCUCUGAGCGAGGCAGCAAGAUGGACGCGGGAUUCUUCCGCGGGACAAGUGCAGAACAGGAUAAUCGGUUUAGCAACAAACAGAAGAAACUACUGAAACAACUGAAAUUUGCAGAAUGUCUAGAGAAAAAGGUGGACAUGAGCAAAGUAAAUUUGGAGGUUAUAAAGCCUUGGAUAACAAAACGAGUAACGGAAAUCCUUGGGUUUGAAGAUGAUGUUGUGAUUGAGUUUAUAUUCAACCAGCUGGAAGUGAAGAAUCCAGAUUCCAAAAUGAUGCAAAUCAACCUGACUGGGUUUUUGAAUGGAAAAAAUGCUAGAGAAUUUAUGGGAGAACUGUGGCCUCUGCUGUUAAGUGCACAAGAAAACAUCGCUGGAAUCCCUUCUGCUUUCCUAGAACUGAAGAAAGAAGAAAUAAAACAGAGACAAAUUGAACAGGAAAAAUUGGCAUCGAUGAAAAAGCAAGAUGAAGACAAAGAUAAGAGGGAUAAAGAGGAAAAAGAGAGCAGCAGAGAAAAAAGGGAGAGGUCUCGAAGCCCAAGAAGACGCAAAUCCAGAUCUCCUUCCCCUAGAAGACGAUCUUCCCCUGUCAGGAGAGAGAGAAAGCGCAGUCAUUCUCGAUCUCCCCGUCACAGAACCAAGAGCCGGAGUCCUUCCCCUGCUCCAGAAAAGAAGGAGAAAAGUCCAGAGCUUCCAGAACCUUCAGUGAAAAUAAAAGAACCUUCAGUACAAGAGGCCACAUCUACUAGUGACAUCCUGAAAGCUCCCAAGCCUGAACCUAUACCAGAGCCUAAAGAACCGACUCCAGAAAAGAAUUCCAAAAAAGAAAAGGAAAAGGAAAAGACCCGACAAAGAUCUCGGUCACGUUCCAAAUCAAGAUCCCGUACGCGUUCUCGCUCCCCGUCUCAUACUCGACCAAGAAGGCGCCAUAGAUCCCGAUCAAGAUCAUACUCACCUAGAAGGCGGCCCAGUCCAAGGAGACGGCCUUCCCCUCGAAGAAGAACCCCACCAAGACGAAUGCCGCCUCCGCCAAGGCACAGGAGGAGCAGGUCUCCUGGAAGACGAAGGAGGCGUUCAUCAGCAUCCUUGUCUGGGAGUAGCUCAUCAUCCUCAUCAUCUCGUUCCCGGUCACCACCAAAGAAGCCUCCCAAGAGAACAUCUAGCCCUCCUCGAAAAACUCGCAGGUUAUCUCCUUCUGCAAGUCCUCCAAGGCGAAGGCACAGGCCAUCACCCCCAGCAUCUCCACCACCAAAAACUCGUCAUUCCCCAACACCCCAGCAGUCAAACCGUACAAGAAAAAGUCGUGUUUCUGUGUCUCCAGGGAGAACUUCAGGUAAAGUGACAAAACAUAAAGGUACUGAAAAAAGAGAGUCGCCUUCACCAGCACCAAAGCCUAGAAAAGUAGAGUUAUCUGAAUCAGAAGAAGAUAAAGGUGGCAAGAUGACUGCAGCUGAUUCUGUGCAGCAGCGGCGUCAAUACAGACGACAGAACCAGCAGUCUUCAUCUGACUCUGGAUCUUCCUCCUCCUCAGAAGAUGAGCGACCCAAGAGAUCCCAUGUGAAGAAUGGUGAGGUAGGCAGGCGGCGGAGACAUUCCCCUUCCCGGAGUGCUUCUCCAUCUCCAAGAAAGCAUCAGAAAGAGACUUCCCCUCGGAUGCAGAUGGGAAAGCGAUGGCAAUCGCCAGUGACUAAAAGUGGUAGACGAAGGAGAAGUCCCUCCCCACCACCCACCAGAAGGCGACGUUCUCCUUCUCCUGCCCCUCCUCCGCGGCGGCGCAGGUCUCCCACACCACCACCACGUCGAAGGACACCUUCACCACCACCACGUCGGCGCUCGCCUUCCCCAAGAAGAUACUCUCCUCCAAUACAGAGACGAUACUCUCCUUCUCCACCUCCCAAGAGAAGGACGGCCUCUCCCCCACCCCCUCCCAAACGAAGGCCAUCACCGUCUCCACCACCAAAGCGCCGGGUCUCCCAUUCUCCACCUCCCAAACAGAGAAGCCCCCCAGCCACCAAGAGACGGUCACCUUCUUUAUCUUCAAAGCAUAGGAAAGGGCCCUCUCCAAGCCGCCCUGCCCGGGAAGCCCGGUCACCACAGCCAAACAAACGGCAUUCGCCCUCACCGCGGCCUCGAGCUCCCCACACCUCCUCAAGUCCUCCCCCCGUUCGAAGAGGACCUUCUGCAUCACCCCAAAGAAGACAGUCCCCAUCUCCAAGUACUAGGCCUAUUAGGAGAGUCUCCAGAACUCCAGAACCGAAAAAGCCAAAAAAGGCUGCCUCACCUAGCCCACAGUCUGUAAGAAGGGUCUCAUCUUCCCGAUCUGUUUCUGGAUCUCCUGAGCCAGCAGCUAAAAAGCCUCCGGCACCUCCGUCCCCUAUCCAGUCUCAAUCACCUUCUACAAACUGGUCACCAGCAGUACCAGUCAAAAAGGCUAAAAGCCCAACACCAAGCCCCUCACCGGCCAGAAAUUCAGACCAAGAAGGAGGUGGAAAGAAAAAGAAGAAAAAGAAGGACAAGAAACACAAAAAGGAUAAGAAACACAAGAAGCACAAAAAGCACAAGAAGGAAAAGGCUGUGGCUACAGCGGCUGCCGCUCCUAUGGCCCCUGCAGCCGUUGUUGCAGCCACUACCACUUCAGCACAGGAAGAACCUGAGGCAGUGCCAGAGCCUAAGAAGGAGACAGAGAGUGAAGCUGAAGACAACCUUGAUGACUUGGAAAAGCACCUGCGGGAAAAGGCCCUGAGAUCCAUGCGCAAGGCUCAAGUGUCCCCACAGUCUUAGGUGGAAAUGUUUGUUAUGAUGUAAAUUUUAUUUGGUUUGUACUCAAUUCAAUUUCAAAAUUGCUAAAAUGUGUUUGAGCUUUAGACUAUAACAUUUGUUGUAAUAAUUGCUAGGUUGAAGUUCACCAUGUAAAAAAAGGGCAUGGAUUUACAUUGCAAAGGUGUCCACAGUGUAUUCGUGACAUUCUUACAUUGAGAGCUGACAUAAUUCAUUUACAGUGAAAUAUUUUUAAGCCAAAAAAAAAAUAAUCUCCUUUUCAAAAAAGGGGGUUUAAAUAUUGUUGGCAUUCUUCUGGUUCCUUUAAAUGCCCCUGGUUAUUCCAGAGGGUAUUUUUUUUUGUCUCCCUCCUUUCUUUUUAGUCCUUUACUUUUUCUUGGAUCUUAACACCCAUGUAAGUUAUGCUUCCAACCGUACAUGGUUUGAAAGCUUGCCCAGAGAUACGACCACUGUUGAACUACCACAAAAGUAUAAAUGAGUGUUUCAAUGCCACAACCUUUCCUGUUGCCUGUGGAGUCUCUGCUGAAAAGAAUCAAGAUUUGAGCUCUAGAAUAAGACAAAUGCGAGCAUGUUGUUUGCCAGGACACUGUGGGGUUAUAUUGAUGUGUAACAAGUUGAUUCAGAACACUGGAAUUUCAUUCUAUUCUGUUCUGAUUGAUUUUUUUUUCUUUUGUAAAGGCAAUUAACUAGUCCCAGAAAGGAUCCUUCAGUUAUAUAAAAUUUUGUUUCAUGGAUGUCAUGGCUCCAUUCAUAUUUUUGUCUUGUUCUUCCAAUUUGGUAUAUACAACUUUUUUCAGAACUCUUGUAUUUGGAAAGUUGGAAGGGCCCAAACUUUGAAAUAGUGUCUUGGUUUCACUGUUUUUUCUUUUUUGUUUGUUUUUGUUUGUCUUUUUUUUUUAACUAAAGCUAUAUAAAGCUUGUGGAUUAAACAGAAUAAAUUUCUAAAUUUAAAAUUGUUUGCCACUCACUUUUACUUGUUUCAGUACUUAAGGAAAACUGUCUUUCUUAGAAAUCUUAGAGGGUCUAUAUAUUUUUAUUUAUCUUUUUGGUUCAGUGGAAGUUGAGUUGUACAGGGGAAAUAAAAGGUGAUAAAAC